CAGCUGGCAGUAAAGUGGCAUGACAAACGAGACGUCCAUGUCCUCUCCACUGUCCAUACAGCAACCAUGUCGGCCACAGGGAAGGUGGACCACUUGAUGGAAGAAAGAAAGAUCAAACCAGACUGUGUGCUUGACUAUAACCUCAAAAUGGGGACAGUGGAUAAGGUGGACAUGAUAAACAGCUUUGUGGAAUGCGCUCAGAAAACGACCAAGUACUACAAUAAUCUUUUUUUCCAUGUUAUCGACACUGCUGCCCUAAAUGGCCACAUAGUUCACUGCCAACUAACAGGUAAAGUAAUUACAUACCAAAAGUACAGAGAAAACCUAAUGAGAGAGCUGCUGGAGGAGCACCACACCCCUCGGCGUUCAUCCACUAGGUGCCGUCCUGCUGCAGACAAUCCCCUACGCCUCACUGCACAGAAUUGUCACUGCAAAGUCUGCCUGUCUGGCACCAAGAGAAGGAAGCAGAGGAGGUUGACAAAGUACAUGUGUUUAGCUUGUGACACACCUCUAUGUAUUUCACCAUGCUUUGGGAAUACCAUAUGCUCAAGCACUAUUGAGUACAUCUGCAGCAAUUACUGACUGACUGACUUGACAGGUGACCUGCAAUGAUAUUAUGCCUUUAUAGGUGGGGGUUGGAAAUGCAGUUGUUGUUCAAUCACUGCAUGAAUAUGGGUUAUGCAUAUUCAUAAGUUGUCAGUCUUUUCUUGCAGCUUUUUUCCCUCUAGUAAAACUAGUUUUUGUUGUUCAACCACCACCAAUACUUCAA